AUGGAGAGCAAUAUGCUGAAGGAUUACGCCAUGGAAUACGUGGCCCGGAUCCUCGACAAUAGUACCAUCCCCUACUGUCUAGUCGGGGAGUCGGUGCUUGAGCUCUACGGCCUACAGCACAAGCUAGGCUUAUUUACAGGGUUCUCCAUCCCCGCCGGAUGGAUGGAGCACGCCAAACAUGCGUUGCAGCCGCUCGGGAAUCUGGAGUGCCACGGCGACUGCGAUGCCCGCAGGGGUUACAAGCCCAUCUUCAAAGAGGAUGUGCCCGCCAUCGCACCCACCUGGCAUUUCCACAUGCUCCCGCCUCUCCUCGCGAGGGGUGAGCAUGGCUACUGUCAGCGCCAGCCGUUCCUCUGGGGUUUCGUCGUGAAUUUCUACCAUCACUCGGAUGUGCUCUGGUUCUUCCCCGAGCCGCCCCGCGGCAACCCCACGACCGCACCCCGUCCGGCCCUGGGAGAUAAUGUGCCCCCGGAGGGACUGGGCGUGCUGUCGGACUACUACAUGCUAUCCGAUGAUCUGCGCCUGUCGGCGUUCCGGCGCCACUCGCCCGAGCAUUAUCCCAUCAAGAUCCCCACCCCGCACCGCCUCCUGGAAACCACCAUCUGCCAGAUGUGCGUGCACCGGCAGAAGCGGGACGACGGGCUCGCGGAAAUCUGCGCCGCCAUCUUCCACCGCGUGACUUUGCCGCGCAGGAUUAACCCCCAACUCCAGGUCGUGUUGCAGUGGCGCGACUUGUCCGACCCCUUCCGCGGCUUCGUGGAGAACCACUUCAAGGACCCUCGGGAUCCGACCAAGUCGGACGAUGGAUGGGAGGAGCGCGUCCUCGCUUUCCUCUACACAAAGCCGGAGGCGCACUCUUUGCUAUCCUCUAAGUGA